AGUCAAGUUCAAGCGAGCAAAGCAAGCUGUUAGAAACGUACGAUUCUUUUCCUAGACAUAAAACUAUCCUUACUAUCACAAAUAUUAGUGUUAUAUUUAUUGUGUUCAAAUAUAUAUAUAUAUUUCUAAUAAUACCUAAUAAUUCUCUUUUUUUAUUUUUGUGAAUUUAAAGUGACGGUGUUAUUAUAUAAGUGUAUUUUGUUAAUGAUUUUACAAUGAUAUCAGAAAAAGACAAAUAUGCCACGAAUGAAGUGAGAAUUGGACUUCCUUCAAUGGAUAUCUUUUUUUUGUUUACCAUUGAAUACUGGAUUGCAAUUAUACUCUAUUUUCUCAUAAGAAUUUUGAAUUUUAUUAAGUCUCUUUUACCAAAGCCACCAAGAGAUCUAACCGGUGAUGUCGUUGUGAUAACUGGAGCAACUUCAACAUUAGGCACAUUUCUAGCCGAAGAAUUUGCUAAAAAAGGAUGUUCAAUAAUUUGUAUAGACAAAGAUAACAAUUUAGUACAGCAAUUAGCUUUAGAUCUCCAAUCUCGUUACACAGGUUUAAAGGAUAAUUUUAAAGGAAAGGAAAGAACAGAAGGGGAAUCUUUGAAAAAUCCAAGAAUAAUAGCUUAUCAGUGCGAUACUUCGAACCCUAAGGAGAUGAAAGAUAUAACAAAUAAUUUCAAAAACGAGUUCGGUGGAAUCGAUAUUUUAGUAACAUGUAUAGAUUCUCCAUGCGUGGAUAUUUUUGACACCGCAAUGACAAUUUGGAUGAAUCAUUAUUCGACUAUAAUAGCAUUUUUAUCUUUAAUGUUACGUCGGGAACGAGUUUAUAUCAUUGGAGUAACACCUGUAUCAGACAAAGAUGCUUCUAUAAGUUCUGGAAUUGCUCUAAAUAAUCUAAUGGAAUACUUGUGUGAAAAAUUAUGUGAUUUUCUUAUUAAUUGUACAUUUCUUGCGAUAUCACCUAUAACAAAAAAAGGAUCGAUAAAGCAGAGUGAGCAACAAGUUGCAAAAGAUAUUGUGGAAGCUGUUAGAAGGAAUCAAUCGAGUUUAAUUUAUGGAUGGAAUUCACGUUUUUUGUAUCGAGCAAGUUGCGUAAUAUCCGUUAUUAUAACUAAGUUAACAAAAUGGUAUCGAGAUUGAAGAAACUACGAUAGUAUAUAAAGAAGUAUUGUUUAGAAUUAAUAGAAAAAUAUGUGCUGAAGAUUUUUAAAGACUGGAAGGAAAUAUAACGAUGUUAAUGUAUUUCUGAACAUUUCGUAUUACCCUAUAGAUAAUAGUUCAAUCAACAAAUAUCAUUCGUCUUUGAUAAAACUUAUACCUAUUUUUUUUUUAACAGUUAUAAGAAACACUUGAUUAAUC